UCAUCACAAUCCUCAAGUUUGCUUAAAAAUCCUCAACGAAUUUGUCGGUCGGACGAUAAUAGAAUAGAAAACCCAUGAAGAGUAACAAAAGAAGAGGUUGAGGCUACAGAGAGAAAGGAUUGAAUAGGCCAGAGGAAGAGGAAGCGUAGAAUAGAAGAGAGUCGACUCAACAAGAGCUGGUGGGAGCAGAGUAUGCGGUCGUGGAGGGGUGUGAGAGGAGGAGGCUGAGGAUGAUGAUUCUAGAAGGGGAUGCUGCGUGUGUUGGCAUGGACCAGUGCGUCAACGGCUGUUGCCUCACACGUACCGCCCUGACGAUAAUUGUUAGUAGCCCUCAAGGCACCGCGACCGGACACUGUCUCGAUCAUCCAGCCGGUCCAUAUCAUCAAUCGCAAACAGUUCUAGUAUCAGUAUCAAUAGUCUAGUCUAGUGACUGUAAAUUUUGCAGAAAAGUGCUGUGUUGUGAUAUGUGAUACGUUUUUAUGAUUUAAUGAUGCUGAUCAUUUGUGAGUGAUUACCAAAUGCAAAUGAUGUCUAUUGAGAAAAGGCUUAAGAUUCUCGACACUCGUCACAAGAUAAAGAACAAGCUCCUGCGUUAAAUACUAGUUACACAUAAAAACAAAGCGGUAGGAUUUAAAAUUGAGACUUCUUAGACCGUCGGAACUUGAGAUGUCGCGGUUAGAUUGGAAAAAGAUGCCGCUCUAACCCAAUGUUUUGACUGCCUAUGGAUAUAUUCGGCCGUUGUAACGGUCCAGGAAGUGGUGGUACCACAGUAACUGGGACUACAUCUAUUAGAUCAGGUACUGUCGUUCCUUCGUCAUCAGUAGCAUCAGUUGCUGACUCUUCGGGUGGUGUUAGUGCAAGUGAAUCAGCAGAAGGGCCUGGAAGUACGUCAAGAAUGCAGCUUACCGGAGCGUCAGCUCCAGGAACAGCAGCUUCCCCGGAAUCUGGGGUGUCGCCGUUAGCAGAUGCGUAUACUAAGAUGACUACGGAUAUUCUGACGGAAAGGACGCUGGGAGAUUUUGUAAGCGAACAUCCAGGGGAACUUGUCAAGACAGGAUCGCCGCAUCUGGUUUGCACGGUUCUACCGGCUCACUGGCGUUCCAAUAAGACACUUCCAGUGGCAUUCAAAGUUGUGGCAUUAGGAGAAGUUGGCGAUGGCACGCUGGUGACAGUCCGGGCGGGCAAUGACGAAAAUUGCUGCGCUGAGCUCAGAAAUUCAACGGCCUUGAUGAAAAACCAAGUCGCUAAAUUCAACGAUUUGAGGUUCGUCGGCCGAAGCGGUAGAGGAAAGAGCUUCACGCUGACGAUAACGGUAUCAACGACGCCACCGCAGGUAGCGACUUACACCAAGGCUAUCAAGGUGACGGUUGACGGCCCCCGUGAGCCCAGAUCCAAGACCAUGAUGUCAUUUUUAGGGCACCAACAGCAAUUCCAUGCGUUUGCAUUUGCAUCCCAAAGAGGAACACCAUUUUUUGCAUCACCACUCGUAGAUUCACUUCAGCCACUACCGAAUCCACUUCAACCACUACCAAAUCCACUGCAGCCACGUGAUCCACUGUCAUCAUUCCGGCAUGCAAUGCCUGGAAAUUGUCAAAACAUGUCGCAAUUUGGCCUGACCACUGGAAACUCUUGGGGCUACGGAAGCACUGCUGGCUAUGCUGGAUACCUACCAGGCCCAUUGUCAUCUUGCGCGGCCCAGGCCCCGUUUCCACCACCACCACCACCUCCUCCAGCUCCCACGACUGCUCUGACCAGUUUCUCCGGUGCUAGCAUGACUCCAGCGGCUCCAGACUCCACAGCCGGCUCCACUGUCACCAACAGCUCCAGGACGGCCCAGCAAGACGCGUUUUCAACAGUCUCGUCGCUCGUUCCGGAUACCACGACACCUGGACAGACCGAUCCUCUGGACCCUUUGAGCACUCUGAUGUCUGGGUCUACUCAGCGGUACCAGGACUAUGUAUCUCCAAGGUCUUUGUCUACUGAUUCCAAUACCACUGACAGUCCGGUUCAUGAAGAAGGGUUUGGGCAGAAUUAUGGGAACUACUUUCCGACUCCUGGAGUGCUUCCUAGUAUACUUUAUUCCCAGAUUUAUGGGAACCAGUUUCAGAACAGUGACAACUCGGAGCAGACUUCCGUCGCUGAGAGCUGCAAUGUCAGGCAAGAAGAGGUUAGGCCGGAUAAUAAUGUAUGGAGACCUUAUUAAUUUAUUGAUUUAUUAGCUAAUUAAUGAGCAGUGCAGGUUCUAUAGGAGAGAAAUUUAUAAUAAAUUGGUUGUAGGUAGCAAUCCUAUGCUCAUGAGAACCAUACCCAGUUUAUAGGAAAAGUUCCUAUACAAUAGUGGAAUAGCUUCAAUAUAUUAUGGAUGGUUCCUAUAUUGUAUGUGCGUCUUCACGUUAUUAUGGGAAUUGUUCCUAUGAUACAAUAGGAAUGGUUCCUAAUAUUAUGGGAAUGACGCACAUAAUAAUAGAAAAAUGUUUAUUUUCAUAAUAAUGCAA